AUGGCGGUGCACGAACAUACCUACGUUUUUGUGAUCGGCACCUUUUUUGCCAUGCUCGAUGCCUAUAACAACGGUGCAAACGAUGUGGCAAACGCUUGGGCAACCAGUGUCUCGUCGCGCUCCAUCUCGUACAGACAGGCAAUGAUCUUCGGUACUGUAUUUGAACUGCUUGGUGCAAUCACCGUGGGCGCACGUACCGCAGACACCAUCAAAAAUGGCAUUAUCCCUAACUCCGCCUUCCAAAACAACGCUGGUGUGCAGAUGCUUGCUUUUACUUGUGCACUUGCAGCUGCGUCUUCCUGGGUCAUGUGGUGCACCCGACACUCUGCCCACGUCUCGUCAACUUACUCCCUCGUUUCCGCUGUCGCUGGCGUUGGUGUUGCGACUGUAGGAGCACCUAAGGUCCAGUGGGGCUGGAAUAAAGGCAAAGGUCUCGGUGCCAUCUUUGCCGGUCUUGCAAUGGCCCCUGCCAUUUCCGGUGGUUUCGGUGCCACCAUCUUUAUGCUCAUCAAACUGGUCGUUCACAUCCGCAAGAACCCGGUGCCCUGGGCUAUCUAUAGCUCCCCUGCCUUUUUCCUCAUUGCUGGCACCAUUUGUACCCUAUCCAUUGUCUACAAGGGAUCCCCGAAGUUGGGCUUGAACAAAAAGCCGGCGUGGUACAUUGUUGCUGUCUCUUUGGGCACUGGAGGUGGCCUCUGCAUUCUCGCGGCCAUCUUUUUUGUUCCCUUCGUGCACGCAAAGGUUGUUAAGAAGGAUCACACUAUCAAGUGGUGGAUGUUCGUUCUAGGUCCGGCGCUCUACAAUCGUCCAGCUCCUGUUGAUGCAACCAAGGCCAAUGUUCCCAACUAUGCCGUCGUUCAGAAUGACGAGGGUGAAGAGUCUUCCAACGACUCAAUCCAAUCUGCCAAUGGAUCCCACGAGGCCAUCAAGACUGAAACAGGCACCGCCCCUUCAACCACUAUUGUUUCAUCUGGCCAACACGAGAAAUCCCUUGCCGCUGUAGAAGCCAAUCAGCUUUCCCAUAAAGAGCUCCUCAUUCAGGGCCGGGAAAAAUUGCAUGCCAAACUCAGGAAGAAGCGCAGUCCCAUUGGAUGGGCAAUGCGUCAUCUUCAUGCAAACCCCAUGGGCGUCGGCCAGAUAUACGAGUGGCACAAUAUCAAGACUUUUGCAGUACGGCUCCCCGCCAUGGUCGUUGUGGGAGCGCUAUAUGGUCUUCACUACGACAUCCACGCCGCACAAACAGGUGUCAUGGGUACCCCUGACGGCCAACGUAUGCAGCGCGUGUAUUCACACGCCCACAAAUACACUAACGAAGUGGAACAUACGUACUCCUUUGUCCAGAUCCUUACUGCGUGCACGGCUUCCUUCGCACACGGAGCUAACGACAUUGGCAAUUCGGUUGGACCCUGGGCUGUGAUCUACGGUGCCUGGAAAACUGGGAAUGCUGCUGCAUCUAAAGCUCCGGUUGACGUCUGGCAGCUCGCAGUGCUGUCGCUUACCAUUUCUCUCGGCCUUCUUACCUAUGGCUACAACAUCAUGAAAGUCAUGGGUAACAAGAUCACGUAUCAUUCGCCCAGUCGAGGUUGCUCCAUGGAAAUGGGUGCCGCCAUUACCGUUCUUGUUUUCUCUCAAUACUCCCUUCCCGUCUCUACAUCCAUGUGCAUCACCGGGGCCACGGUCGGCGUCGGGCUCUGCAACGGCACUCUCAAGGCUGUCAACUGGCAUCGGGUGGGUCUCCUGAUGCUGUCGUGGAUUGCUACCAUUCCAAUAGCGGGAACUCUUGGAGGAGUCCUUAUGGGCUUAUUUCUCAAUGCCCCACACUUUCGUUAG